GCGCGGCGCCUGCGCACUCGGUGACCUUCCCGAGUAGUUGGCCGUGCGGACUGGGGUGGCGUGAGCCGGCAGUCGUGCGCCGAGAUGCUUCAAAGCCUUAUUAAAAAUGUUUGGGUCCCCAUGAAGCCCUACUAUACCCAAGUUUACCAGGAGAUUUGGGCAGGAAUGGGGUUGAUGGGCUUCAUCGUUUAUAAAAUCAGGAGUGCUGAUAAAAGAAGUAAAGCUUUGAAAGCUUCGAGUCCUGCGCCUAGUCAUCAUUAACCAGCUUUCCUGGAGUGCACAUCAGAUGGAAUGUCAGUCUGUCUGUCAGUUUCAACAAACUGUGUUAGAUGGGAAUGUGGGACAUGGCUGUACACUUGUAGAAGUGCUAUUUCCUUUGUGGAGUGAAUAAAUGUACCUGUAAGAUGCA